UCAAAAUCCAACAAACAAGAGUCGGGCCUCCGGAGCCUGGGCAACUGACUACACCAUAGGCUCGGUGCAUUCACCGCAUUUACUGCAUGCUUGACCUCUGUCGCACAGAGUAUGCGGUGUGCAACAACGUCCCCUGCACCUCUGGCCACUGACGGCAGCCAUCACCUGCAAGGAAAAACCGAGCCUGGUCAACUAGACAAAGAGAUUGGUUGUCGGCCGCAUCGAGAAGCAAUGCGAGAUUGACCAAUGCUGAGUGAGAGCAGAUAAGCCGCCCACCUCACCUACUCCAGUCAGCCUCAAGUUGGUAUGUUCCGUACCGAAUACAAAGCAAAACUGGGAAGUCGCCGAGCCUCGGAUCUCUUCUGAGCCUCGAAGUACUAUAUUCUACCACAUUUCCCUCUCUGUCUUUUCACUGUCCCUCAUUGCAAUCCGCUUGCCAUGCGGACCGCAAUAGAAGAACGGCCUGGAGAGGCAAUUGCGCGUGUCCCUCACUGGCAACUGCCGCCAGAGAUCUGGUUGAUCAUCCUUGAAUUCCUCCCUCCCUCGUUCUUCCAGCAAGACCUACGGCGCCUGACUCUCUGCAAACGAUGGUACAGCCUGGCCUUUCCCAUCUUUUACCGCAACAUCGAGUGCACUCCCAGGGUCAUCAGCCGCCUUGUCAUGCGCAAGUCGGAAUCCCUUGAUAAGGCUCGGGCGUUACUCCGCAAGAGCCUACAAUGCGUCAACAUUGUCCUUGACGGUAUUCCAGGAUUGUGCGCCCAUAACACAGCGCGCUACAGCGCAUUCAACACAUCUGCCAAUCUCGGCCGCUUCUGUCUGAUGUUGUUGGAAUUCAAGGAGCUCAAGACCGUGCGCUUCACGGCGAGGUGGCAGAACAAGUACUGGAGAGGCGACCCCUACCAACAAGCCUAUCUCAAGAUAAGGAGCCUGAAGCCGUACAUGACGGUAUUGACGCAAAUCACCUCGCUCGACCUCAACCUCUGCGGUACCGAUGUAGUCGACGAUGACUGGAAGAGAAUCCACUUUUGUCCUCACAUCCAGGCUCUGAUCUCGAGAGUCCAAACCCUCCGCCUCACACUGCGGUGCAUUUGCCAGACCGCUCUCUGGCCACUUGAUGAUCAGCCCGUCGCCGUUGGAAACCUCACAGUCAACCUCUAUCUAGGCCGAGUAUCUGACGUGAACCCCAAGCUCAACUCAUCGAGGGUGUGCUACCCCGCCUCACCAGCCAAAGGGUGGGAAUGUGAGAACCCGAUAGACCAACUACGCCUACGCCUGAAACAAUUAGUCAAAGAGAUGCCGAGCCCUCAGCGCGCCGAGUUGGUGCAUCUGGCACGCAGCGGCGAACUGCACACCUGGAACGCCUUAACCAAAGUCUGCACGAGAGACGACACGGUGAAGCCGAGACGCGUUCGGCUGUUUCGCGGCUGGGAGUCCCAACCCUGCUUUGACCCCAAUUUGGAUGAUUCAGACAUGCCCGAUACCGAUGACGGUGAGAUGCUUGUCGAUUGAAAGCAAAGCCUCAGGAAGAGGAAGUUGGACGGCAGCAGCUGUUGAUGUACCCAUCCGCCCAGAGCAUUGUAUGGCAGAUCAUUGUAUGGAGUCCCCCGACACCCAGGAGAGAGUCAAGCGAUGGCGUAACUGGAGUCGAUUUCACUAAAGUAAUUGUCACGUUCGGCUUUGUGGAGCAGGCGGACAGGAAACGGGCCGCUGUGACGAGUUUGAUGAGAGUUAUGUAGAGAUACCCAGAAGGCAACUCAUGAAUGAGACCUGAAUGACUUAUGAAUACUGCGUUUCUAGCCUAGAUGAAGCAGCAAAACUCGAGACAAGGAUGCAUAGCGG